UUAAAUUCGUGACCUUGAUGACGCAUUUGAUAACGUAGUAUCUCGUUUUAACUUCUCAUUUCCACGUAUUUGUGGUUGCUGGCUGACCAGUUCACUGUUACUCGACUUUCCUGUUCCGCGGACAUUCUGCUGUUCCAAGGAUGAAGUUGUCUGAUGAAGAAAGGAAAACAAAACUUCAACCACUUAUCGAUGGAGGCUGGAGUUUAGUAGGUGGAAGAGAUGCUAUUUAUAAAGAAUUUAUGUUCAAAAACUUCAAUCAGGCUUUCGGAUUCAUGACUCGCGUCGCAAUGCAAGCUGAGAAGAUGGAUCAUCACCCUGAAUGGUUCAAUGUUUACAACAAAGUUCAAAUAACUCUAAGCAGCCAUGAUGUUAAUGGUUUAUCAGAAAGGGAUACACAACUUGCAACCUUUAUUGAAAAAGCAGCUGAAUCCAUGGCCGGAAAAUAAAAUGUUUGUCGCAUUAUGGGUGUCUGUAAAGUGUAACUGGUUGUUGUAAAUUUUCUUGGCCUCUGUAAACUGUGUUUGUAACUGUAAUGUUUACAGCAAUUGUAUGUCUAGUUAACAGAGAUGAUUGUUCCUGAAAGCUUGAUGUGAUUCCUAAGACCUUACAUAAUGUAAUUCCUAACGUUUAUCAAAUGAAGCUGUUCUAACAAUACCAGUUAAGAAACGAACAGUAAAAAGAAGUUGUUUAAAAUAAUAUUUUAUUACUUGUUUUGAAAAUGAUUUUUUUCUUCCAAAUGUAAUUUAAUAAAAUGCAUGUAGGUUACGUAAAUGUAAUGACAAAAUAUCUUUGUAUUGCAUUCUUACAGCAAAAAUCUUAUAAAUCUUUCAAAAUUUCGUGAAAUGCUGGAGAAAGUUGUAGAUUAUUGUUAUGUUGAAAAUAAGUUUGUAAGCUUAUAAAUUGUAAAAUUUAUUGCUAUGUUUUCCCAUUUAUAAAACAAUUUUUUUUCCUCUAGAAAAUUAUAUUUGAAAUUGUUGAAACUCUUUGUGAUGAAGCUAAACUUUGUGAUAAAUAGUAAAUAAUGCUUUAAAUGUUUUAAGGAAUGAUAAUUAUAUGUCAUUGUUAUGUGUUAGAUGAUGCAACAGAAGUCAAUGUCUGUUCUUUUUAUUUUUGUAUAAAAACAUCUUUUACAUUUAACGCCAAAAAUGAUUCAGAUUUAAACUCAGUUCUUGUUUUAUAUAAUAGUAAUAGUGGUCUGUUACGUAAAUCUUUUAAAUUAUGCAGUAUUUUUUGUUAAAAAUCUCAAUUUUUUUAAGUGUUUCUUCUCUUGUCUUAAAUCAGAAACGUCUGGUGAUGCAUUCAUGAAAAAGCUAAUAAUAAAUUUUAAAACACUCAGGGAAAGUUUAUAAAAAUUUCAAAGUAAUCCCUUAUGUGUAGUUCCUUGUUAAAACCAUUUAUUUAUCACUUUUUAUGUAAACACAAUUUAUUGUAUAAUUUCGGAUAAAUUUUUAUUAAGACUUCAUAAUUUCUGUAAACUGAAUAAUUUAAAUCACUUCAUUCCCUUUUCGCAAAUGUCCUUUCGCUUUUUGUUUUAAAAGAGGAGGGGGGAGAUGUUGUAUUCCUCUCAAUUAUUGUGUUGUUAUACAUAUUUCAGCAGAUUAUUUUAUUUUUUAAUUUUUGAAUAGGAAACAAGCUAUAUAUUUUGAAUUAUAGAUUUUGCAUGAAAAAUUAGUUUUAAAUUUAAUAUUAGGCUGUGUUUUGAAGUACUUGACAUGUUAAAUUGUCUCAUUUAGUGCCAAUUUUCUUAAACGUUUUGUAUGAAUUUUUAUUAAAGGUUUUGCUGAUGUUGUAUUUUA